CUUCCCAGGAGAAGAAUCCUGGGCAAGGAGAUUUUUCCAGCAAAUAUGACAGUGACAGGGAUGGCCUUGCUUCUCCUGGCUCUUACCAUCUGCCAGAUGAUUUAAAUGGGACAAUCUUGUUUUCUACCAGGAGAUACAACAGGAAGGACUGGACACCUUUAAGCUGAGUUGCUCUCUGUCAUGAUGAGCUGUGCCACGUGGAUCUGCUGAGCAGGGAAAUGUGACUCUCCAAGGGGCAGAGCCUUGGUUAGAGAUCAGUUUGAUCAUCAGCUGAUUUGAGGCAGUUUGAGCAGAGCAAAGUCCAGACCAGUGAGAAAGAGAUAAAAAGGGGGCUCAGCAGAACAGUGGUGGAGGUGUUUGCCUUCCAAGAUCUGGUUUGACGAGAUAAAAAAGAUCCAUGGGUACCACCUGUAACAUAAAUAUUGACUUUGAAACACAACAGAGUGAGAGCAUGUCCUGAACAGAAGAGCACAGAGAGCUGAUGGUCAAUCCUUAUUACCCCGUGCAGCUUAGAAGUUCAAGGCUGAGUUUGCUGAGUUUUAUUUAAAGGCAUUAUUCACCCCAAAUGCUCCUGAACCUUAAAUGGUCCCUUUCCAUCCUGAAAACCUAUUAAGUCAGGAAGUUGCCUGGAGUUGUACAAAUAAAAUUAUUAAUUUAAGAGAAAGCACUCAUCACAUUUAUUUUAUUACUACAUAAGGUUGCAUGACUGAGAAGGGCUUUGAGUUGAUCACUGCUGUUAUUUUUCUUCCCGACACUGCUACAGUGUUUUUCCAAAAUGGUAAGGUUGGGAGCUUUCCUUAAAAAAACAAAGCCAGAAUAAAUAUUUAGCUGAUGCUAUGAUGUGGCCUUCACUCCUCGGGUCAGGUCACUGGAGGGAACGUGGAAAGAGACAGCAGCUGGGAAGCUAAAAAGAUGAAGAUUGUAAUACCAAACAGAGGAAGGCUCUUGGGACUGUGGAAGACUUACGAUGGGAUGCUCUAGGGAAGAGCAAAGGUGAGGAAUGGAGGGGAGUUAAUGUCACUCUCCAUCCUGCACGAGGAGAGGCCCAAGCGCCAGUGGCUGGGACAGGCUGUGGUGGCAGUCUGGGUAGAUCAGGGUGGCAGCACCCAAAGCAGCAGUGCCAGGUGGGAUAUGGGGUCCCUGGCAUUGUCCCCAAACCCCAUCUGGGACAGGUAACAGGGGAGUUUGAGAAGCAGAAGGGAAAGUGGGUGGAGCAGAAGUGCUGUGGUCCCCGUGGGCACUGCUCCCCAGCCGGGGGCUGGAUGGAGCAUCUGGAAACUCCGGACUCUUCUGGUGCCAAGCAAAUGCAGUGGCUCAAGCUCUCCUCACUCGUGGGGCAGCUCAGCUGCUUUGCUUUGCACUCAGACAGAGCAGCAGCACUUGCACUGUUCAGUGGCAAAGCAUUGUCCCAGCACUCCUGGGACACCAUGUGCUGUGGAGAACACCAAAAUGUCAGAGACUUUUCCUUCUCUUGGCUUUUGAGACCAAAUCAGUUCAGCUGUGACCCCCUUCCCUCGGUCCUGUGCUCAUUUCCAGUAGCAUUUCCAGCAUCCACUCUUGGUUUCAUUUUUUCAGUGAGUGUCCAUUGCCUGGUCUUAAAGGCAGAAAUCGCAGAGUGGGAUUCUCUGAACAUUUUCCUUACAAAAUCUGUGCUCCAUACAGACUAGAGAAGGGAAUUUGCUUCAUGCCAAAACCCAUCCCCCUAACACAGCAUGGAUACUCCAACAGGAUUCCGACAUACCUUCCACCUUAAAAAUCUCUGUUCAUCCAGGGACAAGUUCACCCCGGAGCAGAGCACUCGGCAGGGGCAAGGCAAACACAGCCAAUGAGGACAGAGGCUGUCAGCUCUGUAUCUGCCUAUCAGCUGCUGGGUGAGGAUAAAAUGCACAUUCCCAGCCCAACCUGCCUUUAAUCCCAGCUCCUGGACAGGCACAGAACUCUCAUGGUGCUCUGGGUGGUUCUCCUCUGUACCUUGGUGUCAUCACUGCUCGGUGGGCUCUAUGUCCUGGGAGUGUUUCGGAGACAGAGACCCAAUGAGCCGCCCCUGGACAAAGGUACCAUUCCCUGGCUGGGCUAUCUGCUGGAAUUCAGAAAGGACAGCUCAAAGUUUCUCAAAAGGAUGCAGAGCAAACACGGGGAUAUUUUCACGGUGCUGAUCGGUGGCUACUACUUCACCUUUGUGAUGGAUCCCUUCUCCUUUGGCACCAUUGUGAAGGAAUCGCGAUCUAAACUGGACUUUAGGACUAGUGCAACUCAGCUGGUGGUGCAGGUUUUUGGCUACAAGCCCAUCGAAGCCACUCAUAACAUAGUUCAUACAUCAAGCACAAAGCACCUGAUGGGAGAUGGCCUCACUGUCCUCACACAAGCCACCAUGGAGAGCUUUCGGAAGCUGCUGCUUUUCAACCUGAGCUCAGGAGAGAAGAGAGCGUGGCAGGAGGAAAACCUCUUCCACUACUGCUACAACAUUGUCUUCAGAGCUGGGUAUCUGGCUCUGUAUGGCACCGAGCCACCCCGAGGGGCAGGGAACAAGGAAAAAGCUGAAGAGCAGGAUCGCCUCCACUCCAACCAGCUCUUCCAGGAGUUUCGUAAGUACGACCGCCUUUUCCCUGGCCUGGCCUUUGCUCUGCUGCCUCCCAAGGACAAAAGAGAGGCUGAGCGGCUGAAGAGACUCUUCUGGAACAUGCUGUCUGUGAGGAAGGUCUGGCAGAAGGACAAUAUCAGUGGCUGGAUAAGUGAUCAAGAGAAACUUCUGGCAGAAAACGGUGUCCCCGAGUACAUGCGGGACCGUUUCAUGUUCAUGCUCCUCUGGGCAUCCCAAGGCAACACGGGCCCGACUGCCUUCUGGCUCCUCUUGCAUCUGCUGAAGCAUCCAGAGGCUCUGAAGGCUGUGAGAGAUGAGGUGGAUAAAGUCUUGAGGGAGAGUGGGCAGGAAGUAAAGGCAGGGAGCCCCCCAGUUACUGUCACUAGGGACAUGCUGAACCAGACUCCUCUGCUGGACAGUGCUCUGGAGGAGACCCUGAGGCUGGUGGCAGCCCCAAUGCUGGUCAGAGCUGUCCUCGAGGACACCUCCCUGAGGACAAGCAGUGGGACAGAGCUCACCCUCCGCAAGGGGGACAGGGUGGCUCUGUUCCCACACAUCUCCUUGCAGAUGAACCCAGAAAUCCACGAGGAGCCUGACAAAUUUAAGUACGACCGUUUUGUAAACCCAGAUGGCACCAGGAAAGAUUUCUACAGAAACGGGAAGAAGCUGAAAUUUGUCAGCAUGCCUUGGGGAGCAGGAGUUUCCACCUGUCCCGGGCGCUUCUUUGCUAGUGCUGAAAUGAAAUUGUUUGUGUUCUUGAUGCUGAGUCACUUUGACCUGGAGCUGGUCAAUGAGGAGGAGGAGAUCCCAGCCAUAGACAUCAGCCGCUGGGGAUUCGGGACAAUGCAGCCCGUCCGCGACGUUCGGUUCAGAUACCGGCCAUGCUUCUAACCAGGGGAGUCCUGUGGUGUUGUUUGUUCUGGUGUCACCUAUGGGACAAAUUGUCUGAUCCCGUGGUUAUCAGAUCUGUGCAGUGUCAGCGCUGAUAUGAUCUUGUUUGCUUAAUGUUUGUCAUGGCUUUUGUUGUUACCUCCUCCUCGUGCGCCAUCCCAGGGGCCAUCAGCCCAUUGAAAGCCAGGAGGAGCACAGGGUCGGAUGGGCAAGUGGGAACUCAAAUUCAGGGCUUCCAAGGAACAAGGGUUUUGUCCAGGUUCCUCCCAGGGCUGUGCCAGCAGAGCAUCUGCCCCA